UUAUGUCCAAAUCUUAAGAGCUUGAUUCUACAAGGUUGUAAAAAUUUGCAAGAGGAUUUCUCAUCUAUCCGUUAUCUCAAUAAGCUUGUCCUCUUGAAUCUAAAAGAAUGUAAAAGCUUUGAAAGUCUUCCAAUCAACCCUGGUUGGAAAUAUCUUCAAAGACUUAUUCUCUCCAAGUGUUCAAAUCUCAAAACAGUUCCAAAUAUCCCCAAUACGGUAGAAGAGUUAUAUUUAGAUGGAACUGGAAUAAAAGACUUGACGUCAAUAAAGCAUCUUUCAAACAUAGAAAUAUUGAAUCUUGAAAAUUGUUCAGAGCUAGAGAGUCUCCCACAGAGCAUUGGUGAGUCAGAAAAUCUUCGAAUAGUUAUUCUCUCCAAUUGUUCAAAGAUCAAAACAGUUCCAUCCAUCCCUAGAAGUGUAGAAGAAUUAUAUUUAGAUGGAACUGCAAUUGAAGAAUUGCCACCAUUAGAGCAUCUGUGUUCUUCAAAACUUGACAGAUUGCCUAACGGCCUGAAAAAUUUAGAAGCACUGGAGGUACUUGAAGUGGAGGGAGUUGGUAUAACAGAUAUAUCGUCAUUGACUUUAACAUGUUUGAACAACCUUAAGAAAUUAUCUCUCAUGAGAUGUGGGCUUCAGAAGCCACCAGUAAAUCUGGCCUGCAACAAACUGGAGCAGCUAAAUCUGGAAAACUGUUGUAUCGAAUUGUUACCCAAAAAUCUUGGCGAAUUACACUCACUGACAUUUCUACAUCUUGGCGGAAACAAUUUUGAUAGUCUGCCAGACAGUAUCAAAGACCUCUCUAUGUUGUAUGAGCUUGAUUUAAGCAAUUGCCAAAGGCUGAAAUCCAUACCGCAACUUCCAGAUAACUCACUACGUAUACAAGCAAAGGGUUGCACAUCACUGGAAGCGGUAUCAGGUUUACCAACUCAAUGCCUAAGUAUGGGGACUGACAACGAGGAAAUUAGCUUCAUCAAUUGUUGCAAUCUGAAACUUGAUUUAACAGAUACUCUGCUGAAUAUUGAGAGAAAUGCAGAUCUAUGGUUUAGCUCUGAAGAAAAUACAACAUCGCUGUCAAGGGUUAACCUGCCAAAGGCUUAUAGCCGGCCAAAGGCAUAUAGCCUACCAAAGGCUUCUUUAUGUUACCCUGGAAGCGACAUUCCAGAUUGGUUUAACUUUAAAAGUCAGAAUGGUUAUAUAGAGCUUCCAUCAGAUUGGCUCAAUGAUGACUUAAUUGGUUUCGCUUUGUGCGCUGUUGCAUCGUUUCUAGACCAUGAAGAGGCUGAACCUUUGCAAGUUCGUUGUUUUCUGGUUGUUAACGAGCAGAUCGUUUCCUCUGGCUGUUUGUUUAAUGAUUAUGGACAUGAGGUUAUUGAAUCAGAUCAUGUAUUCUUAGGAUAUGAUUAUGAUAUCAUGGCCUUGGAAUUGCUUACUCUCAGCUCGAAUAGCAAGGGCUACAUGGAGUUCUUUGUUGAGCCUGGAAGUAAUAAUUUCAGAAGAAAAACCAAGUUGAAAAAUUGUGGAGUCAGAUUGUUGUACGCCAAAGAUAAUUAUACGAGAACAGAUGGAAGGGUGGAAAGAGACCAGAGAUUUCCAUAUAUAAAUGGCUGCUUGAGGUGCCAUCUCUAUUGCUGCGUGGAACAUGAUGAAAUGGACGAAAAAAAACCAUAUGAAAUUUUAGAUGGCUGGUCCCCAUAUUCAGAAAUAUACAAGCCACCAAUACGAAGGGAUUAUUCAAAUUAUAUUGGGUGCAAAGUGGUUCCACACUAUCUGCAUCGGAAGCGCAUGGACUGGGCUAGAUCUGUGUGAAACUUGGAGGUUGAAUCUUCUUAAGGAAAAGACUGGCUUGAUCUCGUUUGCACAUGCUAAUGAUUUAGCUGGCAACUUGGUGCAUGAACAUCUCAAUGUUUUCUGGAUUUUCUUCCCUGGAAUCCAAUUAUGUUAGCGGACUACUGUGAGUGGACACAUGCUGUUUUGAUGUUUCUGGUGUUUGGUUUUCUGAACUGUGAAAUGAUGCUGAUUACACUUUAAUUAUGUUGUAAGCCGACAUUAUGUGAAUGUUCUGUUUUGUUUGAAACACUAGUUUAUUGUGAACUUAAAAUUUUCCUGAUGUUCCUGCCUUCUGAGGCUGCUUUCGUCUUUUACUUUGCAUUAUCAGAUUUGUUUCCAGACAGUUGUUCUUAUCAAAAUUGGCAUUCAAUA